UUGCGCAUGAAAAGUCAAACCGCACCUCGUCAGAAAACCGUAGUGAACAGUAAACACUGUGUUGCUCCGCCGUUUGUGUGACAACAAUGGAUACGAGCUAACCGUGCGGGGGUAAUGCGCAGAUAAUUUCCACAGAGGCGCGGGCAGGUUGUCAAAAUACAUCACAGAGAGUCAUCGCACGCACCGGGACUGACCUUUCAAUUCCUGCUUCGCGACUAAAGGGCACCAGACAGCUAUGGGUGGGUUGGGAAACGUGCGUCGUGCAGGAAGAUCCCCCCCUUUAAUGAUCGGGGCUCUGAUCGCCUGCAUACUGGUUCUGGGCUUUAACUACUGGGUGUGCAGCUCCCGCAACCUUGAGCUACAGACUAAGCUGUAUGAGAUGGAGGGCCAAGUGAGACGUGGAGCAGCUGAGCGAGGAGUAUCAGAGAUUAAGAAAAAUGAGUUCCAGGAGGAGAUCCAGAGACAGAAAGAGCAGAUCAGCCACCAAGAAAGUCUGUUCAAGAGACAGAUGGAAGCAUUAGAGAUGUCCUGCAACCAAGAGAAGGACAAACUGCAGGAGAACAUGUCCUCUUCUGCCAAAAUAACACAGGAACUCAGAGGUCGGGUGAAUCAGCUGAAUGAAGAAGUGGGGAAGCUUCAAAAGGAGCUACAGAGUUGCCAAGGCAACAUCAACACCCUUAACAGCAAACUCACUUAUGACAUGACCCAGUGUCACUCUCAGGUCCUGUCCCAGAAGGAGUUGUGUGAUGAGAGAGUAGCAGCUGCUAAACUUGAAGUUCAGAAGAAAAUGGAGAAGCUCAUCAACUCUCCCUCAGUCGUCUCCUCGCAGCAGGAAAAAACAAUGGAUCGAACUGGAAAAGCGGACAGACCCGUUUUGUCAGUGGCUGACCCGGAGAAGACAUCAACUGUUGUGAGCCACACUCCAAGUGUCUCUCGGCUAAAAGAAAAUGAACCAACUGAACUACUGACUAAUGAGAUUAUUGUCGACCAAGGUUCUGAUGAGCCUGUGCCCUCAGUGAACGAGGUCUCAAAAGAAGAGCUUCAGUCUGUUCCCUCUGCUGCUGCAGGCAAGCAGGAUAUUUUACCACCACUAGAGGGAGCUGUAAAAACAAACGAGGCAGGGACAGAGACCAGUAAACUGAUGAAGAAUAAUCUGACUGAGGACGAAGACAUGGAGUUGAUGGAUGUUCAUGAAGAGGGCACUCAGACAGAAGACCCUGGAAUGGAGGGCAUGCUGAUUGGCCAGGGAAAGGUCGAUGAGAUGCCUGAUGGUCAGAAAUUGGAGCCAGAAGAGUAUGACGCAGACAAACACAUUGUGGGUGGAGCUGAUUCGAAGAACCAACAGCAGAUUAGACGCUCAGAAAAUAUUGACAAGGACAUGGAGGAAGAGCUGGCUGACUAUAACGGCGAUGAUGAGAACGAAGGGGAAUUUGAAGCAGACAAACAAGCGGAACUUGCUCAACACUGAGAGCUGGUGUUGAAGAAGGAUCCCGGACAUGACAUCAGGAAAUAAGACAGGUUUUACACGUCAGCGCAAUCACAGCAUACAGUUUAAUGCCGCCCUUGAAACACAGUUAACAUAGAGCAAAUCCCAAUGUAAAAUUCUACAUGAAAAACUUGACGUUCGUUAUUUUUUAUCAGGAUUUUCUUCUUGAUUUGUCUUAUGUAUUACCUUGAUCAGAAUAUUACAUGCUGUCCGCUAAAUUCCCAGGCGGGAUCAUUAAUUCGUCUCUUACUGGAGGACGAGUAUUGCAACUUCAUAUCUAGUUUGCAAUCAAUGACAGUAUAAUGAUGACACUUCACUGUUGUGAUUUUGGAGUGGAGUCUUGGUAUCAAAGUUACGCCCAUACCCUUCCAUAACCAAUCCUGAGUUAAGCACAGCUGUCAGUCACAGCAUCUCAUACUUUUUUUUUCAUAGCAUUAAAUAGUUAAAUCCAAUCUUUGCAGCCCUGGAACAUCUAUCAGAUGAUCAGUGAUGGCAACUUUGCUCGGCAAAAAAUUGGUCAAUUUAAGUUUCGAUCUAAGUCCAAUGCACUAACGUGGAUGAGGUGGAGUUUAUGAUUAUCAAAUCAUGCUAUGAUGCAGACUGUGCUCACAUUAAUUCCCUGAGCUGUAGGUGUCAUAAAAACGCUUGGUGAUUCUAAGUAUUUUUAAGAAUUGGUAAGUUUUGAUUUCCGGAUUAGUGUUUCCGGUGUGUUGUGUUAUGUUCACUCUUUUAUGACUGUAACUUGAAGAUGAUGUUAAAGACCCUUAUAGGGUUACUAGGUGUCAAAUACUGAAGUCAUUUUAAAUGAUCAGAGUGAUCCCAUUGACAGAACUCCUCCUUCACGGGGCGUCGUCUCUCCCUGAGGUACAACAGCAUCUUUAACAAUGCCUUAAGCUACUCUUGUACAGUCUCUCAUAGGAAAGAUGCUGACCUCAGAUCAAUAGUCAGAGCAUUUCAUUUAAAAAAAGCUAGGAUAUGCAUGUAAAAAGCAGCAAAUAAAGGAAACUUUGGGGUCAUCUUGUUGUCCGAUGUUAUUUACAGAUGGAAAAACAAGAACAGCUUAUUUUCUAAUUCCCAUAAAGCUUCAGACAUUGUGGACUGGUUUAAUAGACAGGGCACAGAACAAAUGAGCAAAUUCCCUGUAUGGUUUUAUAUGCUCUUGUGUUUUCAACGUACUAUGUUAUGUUUUCUGUACAUUUUGAUCAAUGAGCAAUCACCUCUAAACUUGGCUAAUCUAUUGCCUUGGCAUCUUGGCUUUUAUUCUCAGAUCACGCACAGUGACAAGGUUGAAUGUUUCUACAUAAGACAGAAAAACACAGUAAUAAAUUAUAAUUUAAGGAAUAGUUUGGAAAAUCUGGACAAUAGUUUAUAUUAGAUCGACAAUCUUACUUUAUUAUGACGCAUGCCUUAUUAAAUCCGUGUGCACCAGUUUUCCUCUGUGAUCAGUUGCUUCUGUGCACCUGCUCAGAGGUUUGUCAGUUCUACUUUGUGGAUACUGUUUCGUCUGUCGAUUGGUCUGUUGAUUUGUCUGUGCUUUGUUGAGAACAUGAACAGCCAUUUGUGAGAAUUGCUGUAAUAUUAUGAAGGACAUUUCCCUGAAGUAGGACCAGUGUGUUGUGCGUUCAUGCUCCUGGAGUCCAGUACAUGUGAACUGUGUAGUAGCUGUGCUAAAAUAUAUUCAUCUGCUUCAAACUGUACUAGGCUGGGAAUUGUGUGUGUGUGUUUGAGCGCAAACACAAACUUGUAUUAAGAAAUCAUAAACAACAAAGUUGGAUAUUCUAUUGCCUUGUAUUUUAUCAUAUACGGGUUAGAAUAUUUAUUUUUGUUUCCUGCUUUAUUCAGAGGUGGUGGCCUCCACACUGUUCAUCAUUUCGGAAAUCGUCAUCAUUUCCAUAACACACUUACUUAUCAACAGUGUUUAACAUAGUGGAAAGUUAUCUUCCUGGAUUUCUGUUAUCAGGAGUCUGUCUUUGAUUAAACGGUUCUUGGAACACAGAGGGUUAGUUUUACUGUUGGUACAGAUCAGCUGCAGUGCACCUGACUUGGUCCAGGUGGGAUGGAUCGAACUAAAAGUUUUAACAUUUGAAGGAUUUUAUCAAAAACCCUUCUGAUGUCAAAAUGCAGUCGUACAAAGCCUAGUUUGGAUACAGUUUAAGUUGAAGCUCAAUCCGCUUUAAUGAAAAUGCAUGAACAGGAUAUACAGUUUAUGAAACAUUUAAAUGCUGGAGAACUCUCAUUUUCUGUCAAGAUGUUAUAGUACAUUCUUUUAUCUGAAUUUACUCAUGGCUUCAUGAACGGCUUGACUACCUGUGAAGAGUGUUUCUGGUUGAGUUGUUUCCCAAACAACCAAAAACAGUGGUUUAUAAUUCGAAACUUUUUCCAGAGAGUGUCCUCUCAAAUGUAAAUGACAGGUAGAAUCAAUGUUAUUAACUUAACGUUUGUUAUGUUUUUUUUAUUGAUUUUUAAAUUUGGGCUUGCUCGUCACAGUAACAAUAUAUAGAAAAAGGAAAGCUAAAGAAAGAUAAAUUAUUUAAUCAGGAGAAGGAGAAGUUCCCUCAUACAGACAGGAGGCUACAGGGAAACCCUUUGUCAAUAAAGAUACACUUCACUCCUUUUGUCUGAAUCUUUCCCCACUUUGGUUGAUUCUGGAGACGUGUGACAUGUUUAAUUCUAUAAUUGUGUUUUCAGAGUUAGUUAUUCAUUGUCUUGACUGCUUUGGCUUCUCAAUUGUAUGGAAACUUAAAUUUUCUGAACUACAUAUCUCUGCACCUGGAGAGAGAAAAUGUUUUAUUAUUUUUAUACAUUGGAUACACUUUUUUUGUUGUUCGUUUGAAUUUGUGUAAAUGUUAAUUUUAUUCUGUACUGCUGAACAAAUUUGUGAAAGAUCUAAAUAAUCAUAGGCUUUAUUGGUGAUAGAGAAUAAAGAUUGUUUUUAUUACCACUA